CUCUUUCAGUCCUACUACUUUGACCGGGAUGAUGUGGCUCUGAAAAACUUUGCCAAGUACUUCCUGCAUCAGUCCCACGAGGAACGUGAGCAUGCCCAGAAGCUGAUGAAACUACAGAACCAGAGGGGUGGACGCAUCUUCUUGCAGGACAUCAAGAAGCCCGACCGUGAUGACUGGGAGAACGGGCUGACUGCCAUGGAGUGUGCCCUGCACCUGGAGAAGAACGUCAACCAGUCCCUGCUGGAGCUGCACAAGCUGGCCACUGAGAAGAACGACCCCCACUUGUGCGACUUCAUCGAGACUCACUACCUGGAUGAGCAGGUCAAGGCCAUCAAAGAGCUGGGUGACCACGUCACCAACCUGAGGAAGAUGGGAGCCCCCAAAUAUGGCAUGGCAGAGUACCUCUUUGACAAGCACACCCUCGGGGACAGCAGCCAGAGCUGAGGGCUUGCUGGGUUGCAGUGGGACUCCUCCUUUGCUGUCCAGCUGUGCAUGCAUCUCCAGCUGUCUAGAUCAACAGUUCUGUACCAAAUCUCACCCCUCUUCUCCCAUGGUUUGUGUACUGCCCUCCAUCCAAUAAAGUGACUUGGUUCAA